AUGUCGUGGGACCUGCUCCAGCGCUUUAUCGAGAGUGAUGUCUUCAACCAGAACCCCUUUCUCUCCGUUUCGUAUCUGUCACGAUAUGCGGAUCACGUCGGUAUCCACUAUGUUCUGUGUUCGAAGCUCCGACAGUUCCCCUACGAAGAUAUCGAGUUCUUCCUCCCCCAGCUAUGUCACCUUAUAAUCAGCGUUGACAAUGAGUCAAUGGCCCUCGAGGAGUUCUUGCUGGACCUGUGCGAAGAGUCUGUCACUGCUGCUCUACUGACUUUCUGGCUCUUUCAAACAUAUCUACGCGAUCUCGGUGCGACACCGCAGGCGCAGGCCUUCAAGACGUGUAGAAGGGUAUACAACAAGGUGCAACACAUUGUGUUUGGACACUCUGACACGGUAAGACACGAGAAGAUCACAGAGAACGUGCUUCCCGUCACGGUCCUUGCAAGCUUCGUGCUCGCCAGCAUUGGAGUUCCCAUCCUACCACAAUGGGCGGGGCCUCUGGCCGUGGCGCAAGCACGACGAACCCACCCAGAUGGUGACGUGAUAUCGGAAGCAAGUCAGGCUACAAAGGUGACCAGGAGUCAGACGGUGUCUGCGGGGACGACUAGGUCGAAACGACGCGAUGCGAACCGAGUAACAAGCAUGCCACUCACUGAACCCAAAACUCCUGCAUCUGAUCAGCCACUCAAGUCGCCACGUGCUGCCGCCAGCCGCUCGAAUUCGGCCGCCUAUCCAAGCAAGACUGCCUCUGAUGGACGGAAGCCGGGCUAUAUCGAGAGCAAAAUUUUAGAAGCGCGACUUAGUUCGUCGUCCCUACCUCUGCCAGACAUUCGGUCUCCGAGGGUAAUCACUCGUCCAUCGACGCCAGUUUCUGCUGGCCUCCCACGGUUCAACGACAAUCUUUCACGACGGCAUUCCCACCAUGUGAAGACACUUCUGAUUCAGUCAGAAAUGACCCAAGCGCAAAAAUCGCGAUUAUUACGACAAAACUACUUCCGCUGCCAGACUGCUUUUCUAACAGCACUAGAGGAUAUCUCAAACCGAUUGGUCAUUGUUCCCAAGCAAGCCCGUAUCAGUGCCCUACGUGCCGAGCUGGCCCUGAUAGCGAGGGACUUGCCAGCGGAGGUGGAUAUACCUGUCAUCUGUCCUCCAACUCUAGUCGAUGGAUCUCCUUCAAGAAGCCGACACCAUCGUAUCGUGAGAGUCAAUCCAGCGGAAGCCACAGUUCUGAACAGUGCUGAGAAGGUGCCAUUCCUACUCAUGGUGGAAAUACUUCGGGAUGAUUUCAGUUUCGAUCCCGAUUCAGCUGAGAACCAGAGAUUGGUUACCACACUGCUGGCCGAGCAGGGAAAACGCAAACGCAUGUUUGAUCUUUCUUCUGAAGCACCACGAGCUCCUGCCAACGAUCGGGUUCAGGAGCCGGCAGUGGUGGAGAAAGCUGACAGUGUUUUUGAGCCAAUUUCAGGUGACCUGGGAAGGUCUCCGUUGCUGAAACCACACGACGAUGAAACUGCGAACAACAUUGGCAAAAUGCCAAUACAUCCGCUACGAUUGUCCAGCGGCGCAACAUUAUCGAGUGUUACCGAUUUGACAUUGCCGCGGGCCUCGACUACUCCAUCCUCGAGAUCCAGUAGCCCAGGCCUCAAGAGCAGAAAGAUGACAUUACAACACCCUCGUAACAAUUCAGUUGACCAGCCAGACUUCUCUGCUCUAGCCACUCACAUGCGGACUGCGUCGCAGAUGCUGGCUCAGUUGGAGGCUACGAGUGGCAAGCGGCCGCGUCACGAAGUGGCCGCAAUCCGUGCUAAGAUCAUAGCAAGCAUGCAAAGCCUCGAGGAACAGAACUUCGAGAUGGAGGAUAGCCAGGGCCCGACAUUCGACCUGAUUAUUGCCAAAGCAAGUGUUGCAUCGGCAGCAGCAGAAGGCGGCGAGCUGGAGGAUCUGGAGCCGGCCAUGAACGAGAGUGCCGGUCAGGCCAGGAUGGAGAACGACGCCAUGACAGGUGGAGUCCAACGGAAAGGAGACCGAGACGAUCCAAGUGCAGCCGUAUUUGGCGAGGCAUGGCAGCAAAAGAAGGAACGUAUUCGCAAGAGUUCGCCCUACGGGUGGAUGAAAAAUUGGGACCUUGUCAGUGUCAUCGUCAAGACAGGAGCAGACUUACGACAGGAAGCGUUCGCCUGCCAGCUCAUUCAGGUGUGCGAUAAGAUAUGGGCUGAUGCUGGAACUCCAGUCUGGGUUAAGAUCAUGAGAAUACUCGUCACUGGUGAGUCUUCUGGACUUAUCGAGACAAUUACGAACGGAGUCUCGUUGCAUUCGCUGAAGCGCAGCUUGACGCUUGCCUUGAUUGAGUCUGGGCAAAACCCUCGGCGGCGAAUCGCGACUCUCAAGGAUCACUUUGUCAAGACAUUUGGGGCUCCGGAAGGGGAUCCAUACAAGGCGGCCGUUGAUGCAUUCAAACGCUCGCUGGCAGCCUAUAGUAUGAUCUCAUAUAUCUUUCAGCUGAAAGAUCGCCACAAUGGCAAUGUUCUCAUUGAUAACGAGGGCCACAUUAUUCACAUCGACUUCGGCUUCAUGCUUUCGAACUCGCCUGGAUCACUCGGUUUCGAGUCAGCCCCUUUCAAGCUGACCCAAGAGUACGUUGACGUCUUGGGCGGUGUUGGGUCGCCGGAUUUUGAUGAUUUCAAAAAAUUGUGCAAGCAAGCAUUUCAAGCGUUACGUCGCUCCGCGGACAACAUCAUAGACUUAGUUAGCAUGAUGGGCCGGGACUCAAAGAUGCCCUGCUUCGCAGUUGGGAUUGCGCAGGCAACCAACACGUUGAGGCAGCGCUUCCAGCUCCAUUUGAGCGCUGAAGAAGCUGAAAAUUUCGUUGAGAACGAUUUGAUCGGCAAGUCACUCGGCAGCUAUUACACUCGACUUUAUGAUACCUUCCAGUAUAGAACACAGGGUAUAUACUAAGGGGAACGACGUACGCGACCUUGACUAGCGCAAGGCUCGGGGGAUGUGGCAGCGUCUGGAAAAAAUGGCAUCUGGGCGGCGUUGAAGGUGACAGACUCGCGGUUAGGAUAACGUCCACCCGGAUAU